GUACAAGCGGGAACUUCAGAUGGUAGUUUCAGUUAUUAUUACAUAAAUGUUGUAUAUAUUCGCGUUUUUAACAAACGCGAACAUAAUUACGACACACUGUAAGCGGUGACCUUUAUGCAGCCAUGUCCAGUGAAGAGAGGAGCAGCUCUGCAUCCAGGAGCUUUGGACAGUGCACCUACACAGCAGAGGAGUACCAGGCAGUACACAACGCUCUGCGGCAGAGGCUGGGACCAGAGUUCAUCAGUACCAGGGUCGCUGGUGGAGGACAAAAGGUGUGUUAUGUUGAGGGGCAUCGGGUCAUCGGCCUGGCCAACGAGAUGUUUGGAUACAACGGAUGGUCUCACUCCAUUUCCCAGCAGAAUGUCGACUUUGUGGACCUCAUCAACGGGAGGUUUUAUGUGGGAGUCAGUGCAUUUGUCAAAGUGCAGCUGAAGGACGGGUCGUUCCAUGAAGACGUGGGCUACGGAGUCAGUGAGGGACUGAAGUCUAAAGCUCUGUCACUGGAAAAAGCCAGAAAAGAAUCUGUCACUGAUGGCAUGAAGAGAGCACUCAAAUGUUUUGGCAAUGCUCUUGGAAACUGUAUUCUGGAUAAGGAAUAUCUGCAGGCUAUAAACAAGAUCCCAAAACAGCCUCCUCCUCCACUCGACCCAGCCCGGACCAAGCGCUGUGAGGGCGAGCCGUCUGUGGAGAAAGCCCGCCUCUGCAGUCUGGUUCAAGAGGAGCGAGUUGCGGCUACGACGGCUCCGGCCAGGAUGCCGCUGGAGCGCCGAGUCCUCAAACAGGACCCCAACAGCUCAGAGGUUCACACUCCCAGCGCUGCUGACCCCACUGCUGAGUGGAAGAGUGAAAACACCAGCUCCGGAUCUACUCUCGACACUGUUGAGUCUGAAAUGCAUACUGACCCCAAACGGCUGAGGAAACUACGGCAACAGCAGCUUCAGCAAAAGUUCAGGAGGGAGAUGGAGGCCAAGAAGCUGCAGCAGAAACUAGAGCCUUCUAAGUCCGAGGAGGAGGAGGUCGCUAUCGGAGCAGAGAACAUCAGAGGUCUUCACUCGGCGUCUAGUGAGAACAGGAAUCCCAGCAAUUAUCAAGCAGACGACCCUGAGCUGUGGGAUUUCACUCUGGACGGGCUGGAGGACAUAGACGUCCCUGCAGGUGGCGCCGCGCUCGGAGGGUCCCGGCCCAGCACGCCCGGGAGCCACCAGAUGCAGACCCGCAGUAAGACCCCUCAGAGGGGCCCCGGCAGACCUCCAGAGGCCCCGUCCUCCGGCAGGAGACACGAGCCGGCUCAGUACAGACCUCAGCACUACAACCACUGUCAGGGCCGACCAGGAGCAGCGAUGAGUCCGUACCGGCGGGGACAGCACAUGAAGAAACGCAGACUGGACACCUGACUGCCAGACGCAGGAUUUUACUCUGGUUUUUAUUUAUUUCAGUGUGAAUUCAGGUUCAUUUUGCAAUUUUUGCAAUUUAUGCACAUUGGGAUUGUGUUUUAUGAUUUUGUUCCAAAAAA